AUUUCUUUCUUUCGUUUUUUUUUUUUUUUUUUGCUUAUUCUUUUUUUUUUUGUCUCACCUGAUCAGUCACCUCCACUCUGACAACAUGUCAAACUCAAACAAAAGCAAGAAGGACAAAGAAAUCCUCGCUGAAUACGAGAGCCAAGUGAAAGAUGUGCGGGCCCAGUUGGUGGAGCAGCAGCGCUGUCUGGAGCAGCAGACAGAGAUGCGGGUCCAGCUGCUUCAGGACCUGCAGGACUUCUUCAGGAAGAAGUCCGAGAUCGAAACAGAAUAUUCCAGAAACCUGGAGAAGCUCGCGGAGAGGUUCAUGGCCAAAACACGGAGCACGAAGGACCAUCAGCAAUACAAAAAAGACCAGAACCUGCUCUCUCCAGUGAACUGCUGGUACUUGCUGUUAAACCAGGUGAGGCGGGAGAGCAAGGACCACGCCACCCUCAGUGACCUCUACUUGAACAACGUCAUCAGCCGCCUCACACACAUCAGCGAGGACUCGGCCCGCCUGCUGAAGAGGAGUAAGGAGAUCAUUUUUCAGCUUCAGGAAGACCUGAUGAAGCUUCUGAACGAGCUUUACACUGUAAUGAAGACCUAUCACAUGUACCACGUGGAGACGAUUAGUGCGGAAACCAAGCUGCGGGAGGCGGAGCGACAGGAGGGCCGCGUGAAGGGCGUGUCGGGGACGGGCGGAGGUGUGGAGCCGGUGUUCGGCCUGCGGAUAGAGGAGCGCCACCAGAGACGCAACGCCGCCCGCAAGAUGGAGAAGAUGAAAGAGAAGAGGAAGGCAAAGUACUCUGAGAACAAACUGAAGACUCUGAAAGCCAGGAAUGAGUAUCUGUUGACUCUGGAGGCCACCAACGCCUCCGUGUUUAAAUACUACAUCCACGACCUGCCCGACAUCAUAGACUGCUGUGACCUAGGGUACCACUCCAGUCUGAGCCGGGCUCUGAGGACCUACCUAUCAGCCGAACUGAGCCUUGAAGCCUCCAGGAGGGCGGGUCUGGAGGUCCUAGAGGGGGCCGUGGAGGGACUGGACCCCGCCCGCGACAGGCAGCGUCUGCUGGGCCUCUACCCGACGGCCUUCUGCCCUCCGCAGCGCUUCAGCUUCCAGGCUCACAUGGGCGACGCAGUGACCCAGAUCGCCUCCCAGCCGCAGCUCCAGGCCGAGCUCUCCCUCCGCCUCACGCAGCUGCAGACCCGCCUGGCGUCUCUGAAGAUUGAGAACGAAGAGGUGAAGAAGACCUGGGGUGCGACUCUGACCACACUGCAGGACAUGACCGUGCAGGAAGACUUCGACGUCUCCCAGAGCUUCACCCACAGCCCGUCCUCUGAGUCGGUCAAGUCCAGCGUGUCGGACGGCUACUUGAACAAACCAAGUCUGGCCAAGAAACGGGCCAACCAGCAGGAGACAGAGCUCUUCUACUUCACCAAAUUCCGCGAGUAUCUGGAGGGAAGUAAUCUAAUUUCCAAACUGCAGGCCAAACAUGACAUACUGAAGAAAGCUUUAGCAGAGGGAUAUAAAUCUGAACUGCUGACCACCAGGUAUAAUUUCAUGUUGCUGUGCAUAUCUAACUUCAUGUUUAUUAGUAAUAAUAAUGAUAAUAAUAAGUGUUGGAAGCUACUCCUCUCUCUUUCUCCUCUUUCUGCUCUUUACAGCCGUGGGCGGAAGAACUCCCAUAGCAAGCACCAGGAUUCAACCAAAGCCAUACCCUUGCUUGUGGAGAGCUGCAUCCGCUACAUCAACCUGCAUGGUCUGCAGCAUCAGGGCAUAUUCCGGGUGUCGGGAUCACAGGUGGAGGUCAAUGACAUCAAGAACUCCUUCGAGAGAGGUAACGACCCACUGAUUGACGAGGAGAGCAACCACGACAUCAACUCUGUGGCUGGCGUGCUGAAGCUCUACUUCAGGGGUUUGGAGAACCCUCUGUUUCCCAAGGAGAGGUUCAAUGACCUCAUCUCCUGCGUCCGAAUCGAGAACAUGUACGAGAGGGCGCAGUGCAUCCGUAAGAUCCUGCUGGGUGUCCCGAGGGCGACACUGGUGGUGAUGCGUUACCUGUUCGCCUUUCUCAACCACCUCUCCCAGUACAGCGACGAGAACAUGAUGGAUGCUGGGAACCUGGCCAUCGUAUUCGGCCCCACCCUCCUGCCCACGCCGGACACGCUGGACCAGGUGGCCUGUCAGGCGCACGUCAAUGAGGUCAUCAAGACGGUGAUCCUGAACCACGACAACAUCUUCCCAGACACCAAGGAGCUGCCCGGCCCCGUUUAUGAGAAGUGUAUGACUGGAGACCAGUACUGCGAGAGUCCGUUCAGCGAGCCGGGGGCGUUGGAGGAGGCCGAGCCCGACGGCGGCACCGAGACCCAGACCAGCGACGAGGAGGGUGAGGGUGUGGAGGCGGUGGCGCGGUUUGACUACGUGGGCCGGUCGGGCCGCGAGCUGUCCUUCAAAAAGGGAGCGUCCCUGCAGCUCUUCCAGCGAGCGUCACAUGACUGGUGGGAGGGGCGGCACAACGGCAACCACGGCCUGGUGCCUCACCAGUACAUCGUGGUGAAGGACAGGGCCGACGUCAUGUCCGACAGCCUCAGUCAGAAAGCAGACAGCGACGGAGGAAGCAGCAGCACCGACGACAAAAGGUCCAGGAGCGAACUAAGCUCCCCGACCGACGUCAGACCGCUAGAGACCUACAACAGGUCCGUCAUUCACCGAAGGAAGCGAACCGACGGUUUGUUCCGCCGCCCCCUCGGCCGCUCCGAAAGCCACUGCCACGGCAACGGGGGCGUGAUGGAGCGGAGCUCCCCGCCGGUGACGGGUCACUUCAGCCCCAGGGAGCUGCUGCUGGGGCGGGGUCAGGGUCUGACCCCGCCCCUCGACAGCCCGGAGCGCCGCCGGCGCUCUGCCGCCGCCGUGACCAUGACGGUGAGCCGACACGAUUCGCUGCGGCGGCCAGAGGACACGCCCAUCCGGCGCUCCAGCAGCGGGCAGCAUGGCUUCAGUGACUCCCAUCGCUCCAGAGCGCUGGACCCCGACACACUGGCCCAGGACAUCGAGGAGACGGUGACCGUGGCCCUGGGGGAGCUGCGGCAGCUGGAGCGGCAGGGCUGCCGGCCGGCUCCCGACGUGGUGCUGGACACACUGGAGCAGGUGAAGAACGGCCCCCCCACCGCCUGCUCCUCCGAGUCUCCCAGCCCCCACAGCACCCCCAGCACCCCGGGAACCCCCGGGACACCCGGGACGCCUGGCACCCCGAGCCCCCUCAGCCCUCUGAGCCCCAUGAGCCCACUCCCCGGACCUCCGCCCGGACCUCCCAGACCGGCCAACCCUUCCCCCGACACCCUGGGCUCCUUCAAACCUGUGGCAGCCGCUCGCAUGGGGGCCCCGCUGCGGCCCCCCGCCCUUCGGCCCAAACCUACGGUGCCGCCCAAGAGCAGCACCCCGCCUCUGCCCCCGCCACUGGACAAGUCCUGCACCAUGUGAGCCAAAACAGGCCGACGAACGGCCAAAUCAGGCCUACCCGGGCCAAAAAUGGGCUAGAAGAGGAGAUCAGGGUACUGCUUAAUGUUAAUAAUCAACAUGAGGGUAGAAAUGGUAGGACAGAGAAAAAGGGUUUAAAUGUAGUAAUAAACUAUAAUAUAUGACAUGAACUAUGAUAUGAUAUGCCAUGAUAUUUAUGUGUUGUCAGGUUGGUGUGUACUCUCUUGGUGUGUAGGAGUUUACUUUCUCCGUGUAUUGAAGCAUUUAUCAAAGGUUAGCUACAAAGUGCUGGUGAAGAGACACGGGAACGAAGCAUAGGCAGAGUGUCCUGUCCUGUAUAUGAGGCGUGGGGAGUGUAGUGCAGCUCCAGUAAGAUGUAGUUUCAGUGACGUGAAAUUGUAGUCACCCACAAAAGGCUGCUGUUUUCUUAAAAAAAAAAAAAAAAAAACCCCGAUCGGCUGCUGUAUCUGUGACGAGAGACUAAAGGAAGAGGACCCGGCAGAGUGAAGGGGGACAAUGGUUCAACAACGUCCGUCUGACUUAUAAUUUUAUUUUUUUAUUUCCCACUCGGUUCAGCUGCUAAGCUCACUCAACACCUCAAACCACGAAACGCCUCUUGAGGUCGCCAGUGACACCAAACUCACGUUUAUUCUCACUCGUCCAGCUUUUUAAUGAAUGUUUCCAGUAUUAAACGACUGUUCAGCCAUCUAUUGAAUGUUCAGCGAGUUGCU